UUUCGAGCUAUCGGAGAAGCAACACAUGAAUUUAGCAAAAAUAAAUAAAUAAAAAAACUCGAAUCACAAAAGAUUAAACCAAAAAAAAUUUGUUUGAAAAAAAAUCGACAAUCGACGACUUUUUGUGUGUAAGUGUAAACGAUAUCUUAAGUGAAAAAUAUUCCUUCGGCUUUUGCAGCUUAUAUCAAUUUAAAGGACAAAUCUCCGUUUUUAUUCCCGAGCAAAUACACUGCUCACUUCUGUUCUGCAUCUGGUGAAGAAAUUGGUUGAAUUCGACCAGUAGCACAAAAUCAACGCGAAUCAACGAAUUUGUUAUUUGGUAUCAGCCGCAUCGAUCCUAAAACGAGAUUACGUCGAAAACAUAUACGAAUUAUCACCGAAACGAAAAUGAAAGUACUAACCGCUGCUAUCGUAUUGUACUUGUGUUUGGGCAUUAGCGAAGCUCGUCGACAUCCGAAAAUUAUUACAUCAAUACAGAAUGCGAAUCCACAAUUGAAAAAGAAAGAUUUCGAGUAUAAUGAGUAUGAGUAUCCAACUGGAAAUGCACAUCCAGUCGUUGAGGAGAGUGCUGAACACGAUGAACGCGACCAAACCGACCACCAUGAACACCAUGAAUCUUAUUUGCAUGCAAAACACAUUUCAUCAUCGAAAAAGCCGGGCUAUAGCGCCGGCAGUGGGCUGAGAUCGAUUGCGCAAGGUUCCGCUGAUCAAGCCAGCUCAGCAGUUAGUAAUCAGCAUGCCGCAGCAAAGCAAGCAGCGUUCAUUGCACAAAAUACGCUCGCACAGGCCGCAUCACAAGCAGCCGCAACGGCACAGGCAGCACUAGCGGGCAAACAAGUCUUAUUACAAGGAUUGGAACAGCAAAGUAUCGAGGCUAGACAAGCAUUGGAAAGUGAAAUUCAACAACUGCAACAAGCUAAACGAUCGGCCAAAGCAGCUCAACAAGCCGCGCAGCAAGCGUUAAAUCAUAUUCAAGUUUUAACUGCGGCAUUGAAUAACGCCCAGUCCUCUGCCGAACAUGCCCAACAAAGUGCACAAGAAGCUGCCGGAGAGCUUGCAUCUCAACAGUCCAUGGUUGGAUCAGCUAAACAGCGCGUUGAAUUGGUUGAAGAGCAACUGCAUGCCGCAAGAAUUGACUUUGAGGCCACUCAACAUGCGGCUACUUCAGCAGCAGCUUCAGCCCAACAAGCGCAGAAUAAUGCAGCUGCCGCCGCUGUUCAUGCAUCAAUUCAUUUGAAGGAAAUUCCAGAAGAGUCUGUGCGUCACAAUGACUAUGCCACAAACCAUAAUUACAACGCUGGACCAUCACCAUCACCGACUCAUCAAACCACCGGCAGCGGUGAUCAAUCUUCAGGAUCACAUGGCGAUUUCGAUUUUGCUGGCUACAAAUAAGAAACGAAAUCAAACUACCAAAAAGUCAUUUAAACGAUGAAAGAUAAGUGCAAUUCACACGAAACAGAAAAUCAAUCGAAAAAAAAAUUAUUUCAGUUCAUUAUUUUGGGCGAUUCUCGUGCAAGAGAAAGGUUCGCUAUAUUUGAUUGCAUUAUUUAUUGGUUCCAUUUAGCUUUAAACCUGAGUUAUAAGGUAUUUUGACGAUUUAAUGAAUAGAACGAAAAA